AUGAUUCAUAAAAAUCCUGCUAGUGAUAUUAGCACUCUUGUAUUGAAACAAUAUAAAUAAAUGUAUGAAGAAAUAUGUUUAAGGUUCAAAAAUGAAAAAGAAUCUUAAAACAAAGAAAUUGAAAUUUGGAAAGAUAAAUAUGAUACUCUAUAAAAAAGAUGGGAAACUCUUAAUUUAUUAAAAGAUAAAUCUGAUAAAAAGCUUAAAUAAGAUUUUUAUGAUCCUAAAUCCUUAAAUUAAGUACAUAAAAUAUCUGGACAUUAACUAAUUAAUUUAUAACCUAAUUUGGAAAAAUAAUAAUUUUAAACCUAGAUUCAAUAACUAAAUGAAUAAAUUAUCAAAUAAAAAAAAAUAAUUCAAGAAUUGAAUGAUAAAAAUGAAAAACAUUCAAUUGAUAAUAAAAAACUAGAAAUUGAAAAUAAAAAAUAUUCUGAAUAAAUAAAUCACAUUAGAAAAACAUCUAAUCAUAAAUUUAAUGAACAAUAAAUGUUGCAAUAUGAAGAUAAUAUACAAAAAUUUAUUCUAGCUAUUGAUGAAAUGAAAAAUGAAAAAAUUUCUAAUGAAAAAUAAAUAGAAAAAUUAAUAAAAGAAAAUUAAGUUUUAAAUUCAUCAAAUAAUGAACUUAGAAAUACAAUUAAUGAAUAUGAAAAGAGCUAAUAAUAAAAAAGUUUGUUUUAAUUAUAAUUAAGUGAAUUAGGAUUAAAAAAUGCCCAGCUAGAAAAAUUGGUUUAAGAUUUGGAAAAUUAAUAAUAGCAUCAAUAAGAUUUAGUUUAAUAAAAUACUAAAUAAAUGGAAGAUAAAUAGUAAGAAAUUAUAAAAUUAUAACAAAAAAAUUAGGAAUUUGAAAAGGAAUUAAAAAAUCUAAAUUAAUUAUAAGUUGUUUAUGAUGAAUAAUAAUAAAAACUUUAAUAAUUAGCUGAUGUGAUAUAAGAUUUGGAAGGAAAACUUUUGUAAACUACUAAAUUGAAAUUGAAUGAAUCUGAGAAGAAAUAAUAAUAGUAAUAAAAAUACGAUGAAUUAUAUUAAUAAUAUACAGAUCUUUAAACUUAAGACAUAAUGAAAUAAGAAUGGCUUAAUCUAUAAAAAGUUUAACUUGAAGAUCUUAAAUAAGAGAAUGAAUAAUUAAAUCAUUAGGUAGAAGAAUUGUAAAAAUAAAAUACUAUUUUGGUUGAUUAGGUUGAAUAGUAAAUAGAUAACACUAGACUUAGUUUUAGUUAAUUAUAAGAUUAGGUAACUUCUUAUGAACAAAUUGUAACUGAUAAGAAUUAAGAAAUUCAUAAAUUAAUUUUAGAGAUAUCAAAACAAAAAUGUCAUUUAAAAAAUGAAGAUUAUGAAGAAAAGAUUAAAUAAUUAUAAACUCAAUAUGAAAAGUUAGAAUCAGAAUCUAAAAUGAAAAUAGAAUGGAUGGAGAUAUAAAAUACAGAAUUAGAAGAAACAAUAAAUGAAUAUGAAAAAAAAAUCUAAAAUUUUGUAGAAUAGAUAAAUUAACUAUCUUUAAAUAAUUAAGAAGAGAAUUCUAAAAAAAUUGCUGAACUUCAAGAACAUAUUAAAUAAUAUGAAGUUAUAGUUAACAAUAAGAAUAUAGAAAUAGAUGAAUUGAAGAAAUAACUUAAUUAAAUUAAUUAAAAGUAAAAUGAUGAAGACUUUGAAAAGAAGUAUUUAAAUUUAAAGACAUAAUUUGAAAAAUUAGAAACAGAAAAUCAAAUGAAAUAACAAUGGUAGAAUAUUUAGGAAGAGGAAUAGUAAGAAUAAAUUAAUUAAUUAAAUAUAUAAAUUGAUGAAUUAAAUGAUUAAUUGUCUUAAACUUAAAAUCUAAACUUAAAAUGUACAUUUUAAUUUUAUUUUAGUACAAAGUGAAUUGUAAAAUGAAAUAGAAAAAAAUGAAUAAUUGAUCAAAUAAUCCCAAUAACAUCUUUUAGACAUUCAAAAUUAAUUUAAUUCUGGAAACAUAAAAAAUGCAUUAAGAAAAUCUAUUAAAAAAGAGGAAUCAUAGGAAGAAGAAGUUAAUACAAAAAAGAAAAAUUAAGAUGAAUAAUUUAUAAAUGAUUUAAAGGAAAAAUUAAACACAUUAAAUGAAGAAUUAGGGGAAUAUGAAGAAAAUUAAAUUAAUUUAUAACAAUAAAUAAAAGAGUUAAGUGAAUAGAAAAAUAAAAUAUAAUCUUAAUAUGAAGAAAUGUAUAAUUAUUAUUCAAGUAUUAUAAUUAUUAAAUAAUAUAAUAGAGGCUUACGAUUAGGUGUAAAAUUUUGUAGUUUAAGUUGACGAACUUAAUAAAAUAAUUUAAGAUAAAGAAAAUUAGUUAGUAGAUAAUUAAUAUUAGAUACAAUAAUUGGAAGAACAGUUAUUAUAAAUGAAUGAUAUAAAUAAGGAUGCUAUUAAUGAAAAUCAAGAUAUAAAUGAAAUAAAGGCAUUUUAUGAAUAAAAGUUUUUAGAGUAGGGAACAUUAAUAUAAAAUCUAUAAUAGUAGUUAGAAUAAAGUUAAGAUUAAGAAUAUUAUUAAAAGAUGAACAAAGUAUUGUAAGAAAAUGAGGAAUUAAGAUUAUUAAGAAGUGAAAAUUAAGAAGAAUUAAAUAAAAAAGAUUAGAUGAUAGAAGAACUAUAAAUGAAAAUGUUAUCAUAAUCAUAGGUAACAGGAAGUUCUGGUAUUAAAUAUUUAUAUUUUUUAAUAUAGAUUUAUAAGAAAGAAAAAGAAGAUAAGAAUUAUUGAAUAAAGUAAAAGAUGAUAAAUCUGAUAAUUCUAAAUCUUCAAAUGAAUAAUUGGUUAAAAAAAUAGGAUUAUAAACUUCAGGUGCAAGUGCCAAAUUAUCUUUGAAAUUAGAUUAUACGCAAGAAUAAUCAAAAUCUUCAAAAUCAAAAAGUGCUAAGAGUUUAGAUUUUCAAGAGUGAAUUUG